AAACCGUCAGCUCCUCACGGGUUUCAACCGUCUUGACGGCAGUAAGGAGACCAUCCAUGGCCCAUACCCCACACGGCAAUAGAAUGAAGUGAAGCGGAUCAAAAUGGGACGAUACUCAUCCUGCGUUAUUUCACCAUCCAUGCAUGUUUCCGAACUAAACAACCGAAGUGGACAUCAAAUUAUCACGUGACAUUCUAUGACAGCAGGUAGAAAUCCGCGCAGCAAGCAGCGAGCUCAGCCAACAAUGAUACAGUAGCGAAUACAGGUCUAGGAAGUAUAUGUCCCUACAGUGCCCGCCAUAGCCCCCUUAGUCUUUAUUAUUACGCUGCGUAGGCGUUGAAUAUUGAUCAUCUGCGCUACGCUCUUCGUUCCUGAAGAUAGAAUCGCAAACGUUCAGGGCAUCUUAACGGUUUCUGAUACUCAUUUAUCUCAUUGGGAAUAUAUUAAUCUCUCGGUGAUUUAAUAUUACGUUUCGAUAAUAUGUCUGCUUCUGACGUCCCUCCCCGUCAGGAGCCUCAGCGCUGGAAGCCACUCUACAGAAUGCUCACUCGCGCAGGUCCCUUUAGUGAUGAGGAUUGGGUGCCUGGCCCAGAAACCAUUACGGAUCUUGAAACCUCUAAAAUUCUGGUCAUAGGAGCUGGAGGGUUAGGAUGUGAAAUUCUGAAGAAUUUGGCCCUGUCGGGAUUUAAAGAUAUUCAUGUCAUUGAUAUGGAUACCAUCGAUAUAUCAAAUUUGAAUCGACAAUUUUUGUUCCGCCAAGAUGAUGUUGGAAAGCCUAAGGCUGAAGUGGCAGCUGCCUUCGUGGAGCGACGAGUAAAAGGGGUAAAGAUCACUCCCUACGUCGGUAAGAUCCAAGACAAGGAUGAAAGUUACUACAUGCAAUUCAAAAUGGUUGUCUGCGGGCUUGACAGUAUCGAAGCACGGCGCUGGAUAAAUUCGAUGCUAGUUGGGAUGGUCGAUGGUGAGAAUCUUGAGAGCUUAAAACCGCUCAUCGAUGGCGGAUCAGAAGGCUUCAAGGGACAAGCCCGAGUUAUUCUUCCUACACUCUCUUCAUGCAUCGAGUGCCAACUCGACAUGCAUGCUCCCCGCGCCGCGGUGCCAUUAUGCACCAUUGCGACGAUUCCUCGACAACCACAGCACUGCAUUGAAUGGGCGCAUCAAAUUGCCUGGGAAGAACACCGUAAGGAUGAAGAAUUUGACGGCGAUGACAUGGAGCAUGUAACAUGGAUUUAUAACAUGGCAUUUGAACGCGCGAAACAAUUCAACAUCCCUGGUGUGACCUUCUCGAUGACUCAGGGUGUCGUAAAAAACAUCAUUCCUGCAAUCGCUUCUACAAACGCUGUGAUCGCCGCUGCGUGCACCUCGGAAGCACUGAAGAUUGCGACGUCCUGCAACCCUUAUCUAGAGAACUAUAUGAUGUACGCGGGGGAAGAAGGGGUCUAUACUUACACAUUUGCGGCCGAACAGAAGAGCGACUGCCCUGUGUGCGGCAAUUUGGCGAAACCGAUUAUGGUAGAUCCCGAAUCGACCUUGGAAGAUUUCAUUCUGUCCCUUGGAGAAUUACCGGAAGCGCAACUCAAAGCCCCUAGCUUGAGAUCAGAGGCGAAGAUGCUUUAUCAGCGCGCUCCCCGACAGUUGGAAGAGCACACAAGGCCCAAUUUGAAACUGAAAUUGAAAGAACUUGUUACGAAUGGAGACGAAGUGGCGGUUAGCGACCCAGCUUACACGAUCGACUUCCGGUUUAGAGUGACAUUUAAAUGAUCAGGUUAAUAAAACCGACAGUGCGAUGGUAUGGCUAUUUUUACUCCCAAAGGUAUCCUUGGGAGCAACGACAAUUCAUCUGAAUACAUGGAAGUGCGAUAAGUUUUUCUAGAUAUAGCUACAAUUCUUUAAGUCAAAUCGUAAUAACUUCCCCAAUCCCGCUUAUCAGCCGAUUAACUCCGCCGAAACAAAGACCCCCAACGCCAAAAAAAAAAGCUUACCAGAAAGACAGAAAGGAAGGGAAAAUGAUUUUUUUUAUAAAGAUUCAUGAAGCCUCUGUCAUGUCAGCGAGUUUAGCCAGAUCACGUUUCAAUCUCCUACAUUUGAGCUUGAGCACCUUUACGCUCUCUAGGAAUAGAACGUCACUCCUGAACUGCCCUGUGCUUUCAACGUUGAAGAUAAAAUGGUCCCGUAUCCGCCCUAGCUUGACUUUGCCCCGGAAUUCCUCGUGUCUUAAGCAUUCCCGGCUCACAGUAUCCUUGAAGGGAUCAAGCACAACAGCCUUCUUCUCGCCUUCAUGACCUUCAUAUCCGCUCCCAGCCUGCGACGCCUCCUCCGCGGAUACAGAAUCGAUUCCAAUGACACCCUUAGGGAAACAUCGUGCAAACUUGAGAGCAUCCUGGCCAAGGAUGGGCCGAAGUAUGCGUAUAUCUGGAAGGAGACGGUAUGAGGCUGUUGCCACCGGGGAAAAUUUAGCGUGAUCAGCACCAAUGCCCUUUAUGCAAUGCAUUUCAAUAUCGAUCUUUUGGCCAGGUCGUAGUUUCGCCAGAAGAAUAUCAGGAUUGGCGGACCGUAUGGCACCAUAAGGCUCUGGGAAGUAGGCCUCUUGUCGGCCUACCGGGUGGAAUGUAAUAUCUUUGGCAUACACGUGUGCAUGGUUAUACAGCUUCUGGGGGUCUUCCUCAUUUGCGCUGGCUUUAGGAUUCUUCGUGCAUUCCACGCUUAAAUGUAAAACGAUAGUAUUGGAAUCUGAGAGUUCGCUGCCGGAAUCUGGUUUGCCUUCUGUUGGUUGCCUAAACCAGCGCAGCCAGUUGAUCCCCUCCGCCGCGCCUGUGAGAGGGACUAGACCCAGACGGUGCGCCAACACCUCGUCCUGGAUGACGGAGGUGUUAUUGUGUAUAUAAACGGUUUCGAUGGCAAGGGAUGGAAUUUCGGCGAUCAUUAUGCGACGGAAGGCGUUUGCGAUAGCUGCGUCGACGCCGACCAAAGAGAAAGAAGCUUCGUAAGGUUCAUUCUUGUGGAAGGUGACUUUGAGGUUCUAUAUCCGGAUAGGGGAGAUUAGAAUGAGUAAUGGAUAGGGAUUUAAAGUGAUUCCUUUUCCCACUCACUCUUUUAAAUACGUCAAUAGACCACUCAUGAUUCUCGCCAGGCCAAUGGCCGGGGAAAUCUGUUGAUGAGAUAUUUGUGACUGUCUCCGCGUUUAUGCCGAUGACCUGGGUCAUGUUAGCUCUGCUAGGUUCGAUGCGACACAAUGAGGAAGCAAC